GCGAAAAGGAAAGAAAAUAAAGAGAGGAUAGGUCGUGGUUGUUAGACAUAUGUUCGACGAAUGACGUUAGAAAAGCUGACGUCCAGCCGGUUCUAUAUUAACCAACGCACGAUGAAUAUACUACACAAUGCCGACGGUUCCGCAAUAUAUUUUAACCGGAUAUAGUAACCGCAGAGUCGUAAGGAAAUAAAAAAAGCCAGGGAAAGUCGAUAUGACCUGGCUGUGUGUAUACACGAACAUUUGAAUAUAUCUAUAUUGUGGGUUUAAUCGUAAGUGGGCAGGGAGCGGGUCCCUCACGAUCUUUCGUAACAAAGGAAGACCCAUGGCCCCCCUACGGCCCUAAUCCUCCGUCGACUCGUGCCAAAAUGUUGGAUCGAUAUCCAUAACCUUUUCUUUACCUCGGAGUCAUGAUGCGAGAGAAGAAAAAUAGCGCGAGCAUCGCUACUUUUAAUAAAAUAACAGUCCGAGCUAUUUUAGUGUUGGAACGCUCGAUUUUUCCCGCCAAAACGUUCGUCUCAAUCGAUUUAUCGUAUUUUUUCUCCACAAAAAUACUACUACACGGUGACAUUUCGUAAAUAACUCGUGAAACGAGCAUUAUUGGAGGAUAAAAUAAGCUGUGAAAUUAAGACAAAUGCAAUUGUUGUUCGACGCGAUAUUCGUCCUGAUUUUAUCAACGAUAAAAAGUAGACGCCGAGAACUCGUUGUAGUUUCAUCGUUACGUGAGCGAUGGCGCUGUAACCGCGAGCGGAGCCGAAGCUCAACGGGGAGGACCGAAAACUGACGAACUUUUUGUACAGAAACGCCGGUUCGGAGUCGUGUGCUGCUCACGGUAGCGUAUCUCUCUUCCUCUUUCGAUUCCCCCCACUCUUUAGGCUCGGUGCGUGGGUUUCUCCUGCUCUUUGGCGUUCAGUCUCUAGGCAGCCUCCGCCCGUAACGUUGUUUCUUUGUUUCCUUAGUAUAGUUAACCGCCUUUAUUUCGACUCUUCUGUCAUUGCGAGUUUUUUCAUAGACGAAAGUUUUUACGUACAAAAUAUCCGUCGCGCCGCGGUGCGCGUGCUUGUAUUUGUGUAAAUAAAUCUAUAUAUACAUCAUAUGUAUUCGAGUGCGUGCGUGUACUCUGAUUUUUUAACGCAUACGACACAGCACGUCUAUACACACGUUUCUAUUCAUACAUGUGCGCGCGUACGUUAAAUAUAUAGAUAUAUAUUUCUACAUAUAUACAUACAUAUAAAUAUAAACGUGUUCGUACGCGGGGGUCGCGCGUGUGAUUGCUAAAAAGAACGAAGAAUUUAGCGGCGUCUUGCGGGGCAAGUAAGAAACGUGUUUGUUGAAUACAUCGGCCCGGGGUGUCUCGAUCAAGCCACGGAUCAUGAGACACUGUGAUUAAUAACGAGCGUAAUCACCUUACACUUGAAAGAAAAUAAAUUUGAAAAAAAAUCCGUAAUACGAAAAAAGAAGCAUCGUGAAAAGUUAAAUCUUCGAACUCGCCGAAUGUUCUUCUUUCCUCCCGUUCUUUUGGCUCCCGCUUCGUUUUUUUCUCUCUCGUUCGACAGCGAACGAGCAUAAAUGCCGCUCAAAAUUUCCCGUACGAGAUUAAUCCGUUUUUAUUGAUUUUUCUCGUUCUCUGAACGCGUUUUGCGGGCGGUGCGUCUGAUUGGACACUCUUCGUAUGCGUUCUUGUUAUCCUCUCGACGUACACACUUUAUACGUUGACGUUUCCCCGUCCUCCCCCGUCGCGUGUUUGUUCACUCGAGAAUCAUAAAACAAGACUUUGACCGUCGAAUGAAACUUUUGACGGUCCCUUCGCACGAUUUCUAUCACCAGAGACUCCGUACGUAGUUAGGUGACGCUAUUGGAUAAACGAAAGAUUGAAAUGAUGGCAAACGGAAUGGACACGGUGGUGCAACAGAACGGGGGCUCUACCCUGGGCCAGACCUCGCAGGAGGAAUCGAAGACGAAUCUCAUCGUCAACUAUUUGCCUCAGACGAUGGCGCAAGAGGAAAUCCGUGCACUUUUCUCGAGCAUCGGCGAGGUCGAGAGCUGCAAGCUCAUCCGCGACAAAGUUACAGACUCCGUUGACUUCGUGAUCGCAGGGCAAAGCUUGGGUUAUGGCUUCGUAAACUACCACCGGCCCGAGGACGCUGAAAAAGCAAUCAGCACGCUGAAUGGCCUUCGAUUGCAGAAUAAAACUAUCAAGGUAUCGUACGCGAGACCGAGCAGCGAAGCUAUCAAAGGUGCUAAUCUCUACGUGAGCGGUCUACCGAAGAACAUGACGCAGCACGAUCUCGAGAACCUCUUCAGUCCCUACGGAAGGAUAAUAACAUCGCGAAUUCUGUGCGACAACAUAACCGUACGACAGUUUGUGACUGGCGGCGGAGACAAUUUGCCCGGCCUGUCGAAAGGUGUCGGAUUCAUAAGGUUCGAUCAACGAGUGGAAGCUGAGAGGGCGAUUCAGGAGCUCAACGGGACGAUUCCGAAGGGCUCGACCGAACCGAUAACCGUGAAAUUCGCCAACAACCCGAGCAACAACAACAAGGCGAUACCACCGAUUGCUGCUUAUCUCGCUCCCCAGGCCAGUCGACGCUUCGGCGGUCCGAUACAUCAUCCGACCGGCCGCUUCAGGUACAUUCCACUGUCGCCACUAUCCAGCACUGGCAAGGCCAUGCUUGCCAUUAACAAAGGCUUACAGAGGUACAGUCCUCUCGCUGGUGAUUUACUUGCCAACUCGAUGCUACCUGGUAACGCGAUGAACGGCUCGGGUUGGUGCAUCUUCGUGUACAAUCUCGCACCGGAGACCGAGGAGAACGUGCUUUGGCAGCUUUUCGGUCCGUUUGGUGCUGUGCAAUCGGUCAAGGUGAUAAGGGAUCUCCAGACCAACAAGUGCAAGGGCUUCGGUUUCGUAACAAUGACGAAUUACGAGGAGGCGGUUGUCGCGAUACAGAGCCUAAACGGUUAUACACUCGGCAAUAGGGUACUUCAAGUUAGCUUCAAGACGAACAAGAGCAAAGCCGCGUAGAACGAGGAUCCUACGGUUGUAUUGAGAGCGUCGUUGGACAUACUCAAGCAGGAGUUGUGCGUCAUGAAGAGAAGAUAUGCAGAACUUCGAGACGAGUCUAAAGAUUUUUUUGUUUCUUUUUGAGAACAGUAACGAGAGCACAGUUUUUGAACGAACGGCGAUUUCUUGAAUAGGCAAAUGUUAACGAAAUGGCGGGGAAAUAAGAGAAAAACAAACAAACAAAAGUAACGAGGGAGAGCAGGAACAAAACUGAUAGAAAGGAACAAAAAUUUAUACGGCGAUAGGACGUUCGCGGUCUCGUUUCCUCUCUGAAGCUCCGGGAGUUUCAGUUUAACCGAAAUAACACAAACACACACUAUGAGAACAACACACACGUAAGGACGACGAGAAAAACCAGCGCAUUUUUACCAGGGCUAUAACCAAAUUAAUAUAGUUACAAACAAUUAAUGAGGGUCAAAAGAAUGUGAGGGAGAGAAAAACGAGAGAUCGAGAGAGAAAGAGUAAGGGAGGGGGAGGGGGCAGGGGGAAGGAAUUAGAUGGAGAAAACUCGAGCCGCCAGGAACGCGUGCUGAGACUGUGACUGUGAGCCCUGUAUACGUUUGAACAGAAGGAAAAAGAAAAAAACCCAGCCGAGAAUAAGAACUGCCUUCAUGGCGUGCUCGUAUUCGUUUGAACAAGCUGACGAACACAAUAAUAACGAAAAUGGAACACGAAAAGUGUUGAUGAUUCUCCUCUUUUAUUAUUUGAGGAAACUUACUCGAUUGUUGUCUCACGAAUACCUCGUUCCAUAGCUUCGAGUACCUAAUAAUUUUCGUCUUUUAUGGAGAGUAAGUGUGAGCGAAAAGAGCCCUGGAAUGGGAUAACAGUGAGAGGGAAGCAAAUUUUCGAAAUAAUUAAAGGAGAGAUAAGUAGAUAGAGAGACUACUAAAUCCUGUGGUUAAAUUGCCCCCUGCGUAUUCUGUACAAACAUAUUAUGAUUUAUGUAUGUGUACCUUACCGUGGGGUGCCGGCAAAGUUGAAAAAGCUGAAGGAAAAAUGGGCUUCGUGAAAGUGUGUGCGUGCGUGUAUGUGUGUGUGUGUGUGAGUAUGAAAGAGGAAAGGGAGAGAGAAGGAAAGAGAAAAAAAAUAGAUGAAAAAUGUUACGUUCGAAAUGAAACGAUAUGAAAAAAAUGUGAAACUCGCUCUGCUGUAACAUACUAUAGUUAUAUCGUCAAUUUGAGGCGACGUCGACCCCACUCUGACACGAAAAAAAUGACAAUUUUCAUGCAGAAAACAUUUUUAAAGUGAAUUUUUUUCACCCGUACGAGAAACAACGUUCGCCCUGUUCUCUUUCUUGCAAUCUUGCUCACUCUCUCUUUCUCUCUCUCUCUCUCUCUCUCCCUCUGAGUGUUUUUUCUUCUUGCUUUCUCUCUCUCUCUCUCUCUUUUUCUCUUUUUCAUCUCUGGAAAAAAAGAAGGACAAUUUUUCUGACUAGGGUCAAUCUCGUGGCUCGGUAAACGUCGCGUUUGACUGCGAAAAUAAAUAAUAAAAGAAAUAAUGAGUAUGAGAAGUACAGAAAUGGAAAACGUAAUAGAAAGUUAUGCAUACUCGUUUAUGUGUAAGUUUUAGAAUAUUAUCAUUUAUAUAAAGGAUAAGAGAAAUGAGGAAGAAGUUAAUGUGGAAAAGGUGGUGUUCGGAACGAUGAAAUAGGCAACCGAAGAGAUCCGUGAACGAGAACGCUUGUAACGGAAUGCUGGCGCGAUUACGAGCUCCCCAGGUAUUAUUAAUUAAGCGAACCCCGAUGAAUUUUCACGAGGAGCCCGAUGAAAAUAGGCGAUUAAAUGAAAGAGCAAGGCGAGAUGAAAGAAUGGAGUCUUUAAAUAAGAAUAUUAGGUACCAAGGCGAGGAUCAAGCGGAGGAACAAAAUCAAGAGAAACGAAGGAAAAUUAUGGCCUCGGGGCUCAUUGAUCUCUUUAAUUCGAUAAGAUAAAGAAAAAUUAAAUGAUCGCGAAACAGGUCAGAGGGAAGGGUGAUUGAAAGGUUGGAAAGAGAAUUGAUCAGGCCUCGCGGCUGAGACGCGUACUUAAUUGCGUAGUUGAUAUUACGUCGACUCGAUCAAGCAUGACGAAUGUUUUAUAUUCCUCAUAGCUUCCGGUCCGACGACAUGAAAUUCUGUGUAUUAGUGAUUGCGUACGAGAGCCUCCCGCGUGGUCACGUCAACCUGUCUCUCAAUCUUUCAUUCAAAAUAAUGAAAAUUGUGCUUACGACGAAAAGUAAAUUGGAAAAAUGUAGUCGAAUGAGAUAAAACCCUCCGAGGGAACGACACACGCGCUAUGUUAAUGAUAAGCUAGGUAAAAAAGAGAAAACAAACAAACAUACAAAACGUUGUCUCGUGCUAGUCAAUGUACUGUUAAAGAAAGACAAACAAAAAACACGCGUUUUCCUCAACGUCGCGUAUAGAAAAGUGAGAAAAAGAUAAGGGCACCGAUCGCACCCAGGGCGCGAGUUUUGUCUAAUGUAUUAUUUAUUUCGUGUAAAUCUAUCGCUCAUCCCACCGAGGCUGCCACUCCGAUCACGAAAUUUUUACCAGAGACGCAAUACUUCUAAGGACGAGAAAAAAAACUAAACAAAAUCAAACACAUUUUCUAUACUUUUUCUCGCAUCGUAUUCCAAAUAUUCGCCACGACACUUGACUCGUACAUCAUUCAAUUAUGUACACAAACACAUUUGUCGAAUUGCCAAAUUCUUCGAGUACUGCGAUCAUCAAAAGUAAUAUACACGAAAAGUGAGAAAAAUCAAGCGACACGAAGGGAUCGCGAGCGGCAGCCGACGCUGGUACAUAUUCUCGUUAAUAUAAAGAGGAGAGAGAUAGAGAGGCUUCGAUCGAGUCAGCCCGCGUUCUACUUUGAACAUAUAUUUAAAUUAAAGAGAAAAAAAAACGAAAAAAAAAAACAUAAUGAAGCGAUUAAAUAAAUAACCGGUGCGAUGAAGUCGGUGUGGCAAUGAAAAAAAAUGAUUUUUCUUUUAUACAAUGAUUCAUGUUGGAAGUACACGUUUUCAACGGUGAAGUAAUACUAACUUUUCAUGAAAUAUGUAUAUAUAUAUAUUGGAUACAUAUAUAAAUCGCUAUUUACACGCGCAUAUAUACACGAGUACAGACACGUUGAAAGAUGAUAAAUACGAUGCACCGUUUUGACGAGGAUUACGAAAAAAAAUGUUGAACGCAGUAUUUAUCGACAUAAUCUUAUUAUUAAAUUGUCUUUAAUAUAAUUUUUUUCUCUAAAAAUUCUCUCGCAGAUGAAUCCCCCCAAUGAAUUUACAUCUACGACGAGCUCUCGCGAAUAUCGAGAACCAGAAUUCAUAAUUUGAGCCGUAGUUCGACCGGUACUUUUUUUCCUUUUUUUUUUUUUAAAAAAAAAAUUUUUUCAAUUUUCAAAUACUCCGUCGUCUAAACGAAUUUCAUACGAAAAUGAUGAAAAAAACAUUACGAUGUUGAUGAUACCGCGAUCGAAAAGUAAUGGUGGUCGUAGUGGUGUUAGUAGUAGUUGCGCGAACGAGCGUAGUUUCGCAACGAAAAGUGCAAGAAACUUGUGGAAAAUGAAGCGAACAAAAAUGAGAGCGGGGGAGGAGGGUUUAUGGAUUGAAAAAAAAAGAAUCGAAAACGCUGAGAUGACUCGAUCGGGCUUUCCAAAGCGGUGCGAACCACCUUCGGUCGUCAUUGAAGUCUCUUCUCCUCUUAUUUCGUACGAUUAACCAUCCGUGUAUAGUGAGACGAAAGAAGAGGACGGAGAGAGGGUGGGGAAAGUGCGUCUAGUCGACGUGCGACCCCCGUUGCACCCAAUAUUGCGAGGCUCUAGCUUUAGUUUCGAAGGGAAAGAAUCGUCGAUCGUAAAAAAAAGGUUUAAACAAACUAAAGUGUAGUUGAUGUGUAGACUAGUGCGUACAAAUGGUGUAUGUUGAAACGCAACGAACGGGUAUUUGCAGUCUGAACGUAAUAUCAAUCGUAUUCAGGAACGAAUUUGAAAAUUUAGCAUACUUCGAGCACGCGGUAACCGUUUUUUCGUCCUCCGCGAUCGGGAGCGUAAUAGGAUGAGAAGAGGGAGGAAAAAAAUUCGCGAAAGUUCGUCUGACACGUGUGUGAAUGUAUGUUCGAAGUAGAAAACCAUGCUAAAUGCUGCACAUAAUUCAUCGGUUCAUUAAAACUCCACCAAAUUGCCAUAUGACAACAUCGAUUCGAAGUCCUGGACCGGAAGGUGUCUGUAUAAAUAUAUAUAUACAUAUAUAUACGUACAUACGUCUUAAUAUAUAUUUAUAUAUGUAUGUAUGUGCACAUGCUUAAAGAAAAACGUGAGAUAGUGUAUCGUGUCCUAUUUAUGUGUACCUUAUUCAUGUGUCUAGUCCGGGAAAAUGACGAGUUUGCGUUGCUCGCGUUAUUUCUGAAAAAAAAAACGUCACACACACACAGACACACACGCGCGCCCGCAUAAACGGAAAAGAAAAACAAAAGAAGACUGCGUAGCAAUUCAAACGUCAUUUAACCCAAUUUCUUUUUUUUUCUUCUUUCUCUUGCAAGAUUUUAUAUAUUCGAACAGCUCUCGUUGGAUGAAUCGAGGUGAUGACAUUUUCGUAAACUUCUCAUUCGAGUCGUACGUUUAUAAUGCGAGCAUAAAAAAUGGCGAGGUGGACGAAGAUCGUUUUUACAAUGUGUCAAAAUCGAUCGUAAGUUUGUUCUCUCAAACACUAGCCAGUCAACGUGCCAUCGCCUCGAUUCGUUAUCGUGGUUUUUCGAUCAAAUCUUGAAGAAACGAUCAACGACAAAAGGAAUCAAUUUACUUCACAUUAUUUACUUAUUAUUGUACUCCUAUUACGCUGUUUAUUAUUAUUAUUAUUAUUAUUAUUAUUAUUAUUGCCAUUAUUAGCGUCAUCUUCUCGUAUUAUUACUACCAUUAUUAUUCUUAUUAUCUUUAUUAUUAUCAUUAUUACUAUGAUUAUUAUUAUUAUUAUUAUUGUCGCAAUCAUUAUAUAUUUUUUGUGUCUUUCGUCGUAAUUUAGUUCGUAACACUUGGAAAAAUGAGGAAAAAGAACAAACUUUAUUCACUGGCUUAGUUAAUCAUUAAUUCACUAGGGAACGAGAUAAAGAACAAAAAAAAACAAAAAGUAAUCAUUUCACUCGAUAACUACACUAAACGCUACUGCUACGGUUUCUACCAUCACUGAAUUACUGAACCUUCGUCCCCCUCCCCCCCGCCGCCGCCAUUUCUCCGCAACCAACCAACCAACUUUACUACACGCUAUUACUACCCCCAUCAUCAUCGAUUAUUUAUUUAUUUAUUUAAUAAUAAUUAUUAUAUAAUUAACCAUAACGGAAGACAAAAUUAUGUUUUAUUUGAGAAUUAAACUGAUUUGUGUUUGGUUCAAAGAUGGUCGUUUGUUAUUAUUUUUUUAUUUACAUGUUCAGUUCGUAUUACCCUUGAUCCUUGAGCAUUUGUUUGUGUGUAUUUUUUUCAGUUUUACUAGUUUAGAGACAAUUGAUUUUUUUUUUCUUUACCAUUAUUCGAAAUCGUGAGUGAAUGAUAAAAAGGGAGGAUAUUACGAUGCUUUCGCGGUUGGUGUCGGGACGAAGUGUCAAUUGCCUUUCUAUACGCGACGAUGAACGCAGCGUGUUUUUAAAAAACGCCUGUGAAAGAAAGGGAAUCGGGGUAGGAACGCUGAGGAAAAACGCACAAUUUACUACACGAAAUUAUGAUAGUGGGAAAAGUGAGAGUGGGAGGAAGAAAGCGUGUUAUUGUGAUAAAAGAUUGUUUAACCUAUAAGUGAACACGGGGUUAUGUAGACGAAAAAAUGGAAGAGUGAUCGAACGACAGACGAUCGUGGCACAUUUCCUGAGAACGAAGAAAAAUCGUCGUGGGGCGCUAUAUCACGCACAAAUAAAUAUAUCGCUGCAAACGCAAUGGAUUAUUCCUUUCGAGUGUUGUUUUCGUUGUAAAAAUAACAAUAAAAGUGAAGCAUGAAUAAUAUGCCGUUCUCGUUCUCGAAAGUCUCUCGGUGGUGCAACUGUCGUUCGCGCCUUUACGAAUCACGAUGUUUUUCGUAUCCUUGUCGGUUUUAUUUAUCAUGGUAGAGGUGGAGUAAGGGAAUUAUGAAAGCAAGUGGAAUACGAAAAAGAUCGUGGAACUUUUGAGGAGGAACGCAAAAAUUAUUGUAGUCAUGUACUUGGGAAAAAAAUGACGGUGGAGGGGGUUCGACUGAUGAAAAUACGGUGUAAAAUUUCUUUAUUCUUUAUUAGGUAAUAUCAUACAUUUGAACUCUUGAUUUAUCCAUUUUCGCGCGAGUCCGGAUCCCCGAAGGAAGAGAAAGAGAGAUAAUGAGUGGGAGAGGGGGGAGGGAGGAUGAAAAUUGCUGGCGGACCUACGCACAAAGCACGCACCGCGCUCGCAGCUACAAUGAUCUCACACACGCGUAUACAUAAAAAAAAAAAAAAAAACUAAAUGAAAACGGAAAAAAAACCUAAAAACGAAAUAAUCAUAACGGUAAAAAUAUGAGAAAAUCGAAUAAAUGGGGAAAUGAGACGUUGACCGGUGAAGUUUUUGCAUAUUACGAGAAUCGCGAAUAAACAGACAGAUGAAAAAAAAAAAGAAAUAAGAAAAAAUUCAAAAAAUAAAAGGCACGAGGAAUGAAAAAAAGAGGAAAAAGCCACGCUAAUCUACUUAAUUAACUAUAAUAUUACCAAUCCGAUUAUUACGUUAGAUAUACAUUAUGUGUAUUGUAUUUAUGUCUCAAUAAUCGUUGUUAGUUAUAUCGCUACGAGGAAUGGCGAGAGUUUGAAGAGAGAAAAUGUGGAUUUUAAUGGGAAAAAGUGAUGAAAAGCGUUUUUGAACUUUCGAUAAGGAGUUAUCAUUUAUUUCAUCUGAAUAUCGAUUAUCAUCGAUUAUACACACGAAGGUGAGGUUAAGAAGGAGAAUGGAGACACGGGAAUACACUGUUCGAGGCGAAUAUUAGCCGGAGGCACUUGUGCAAAAAUAACAAAUAUCGUUUGUUUCUUUUUUCUUAAUAAAAAGAAAAAUAAUGAAAAGAACGAAAGCAAAACAAAAGAAAUCUAUGUAGGUAGAAAGACCCCGAACAACAAAUCACCCGACACACACAAAUUUAAUGGGACACGCGACACGCUCAUGCACACACGAACGACGACGAAUGCGUACGAACACGCGCCAUCUAUACAUCCGAAAACGACACAGAGACGACAAGAGUCAAGAAAACAUUGGAAAAAACACACACACACACACACACACGAGUUUUAGCUUAUUUGUGUAAGGAAUAUGAUAUUACCAUUUAUUGAAUUAUUAUAUUAACCAUUAGACUCAUUGUAUUAUUGUACUGAUAAUUAUUAGUACUCGUGCUACUUACUGAUUGAGGAGGAUUAUGAGAAGAAGAAAAAAACCAAAACAAAACAAAACGGUCUGAAUAAUUCGAGGAAGAAUAGAGAAAUAAAGUGAGGAGAAUAAGGAGGGAAGGCGAACGAAUAACGAAUGGGGGAGAGGAGAAAAUGACGCGCGGUUUGCCAAUGUCACAGAUGGAACAAAAUAAGUAGGGGAGGGGGAGAAAAAAAAACAAAGGGAAACAAUCGAAAAUAGAGGUACGGUAGAUCGAGUUUUAAAAGCGGAGAAGACGAUGAAAAAAAAAAACAAAAGUAAUAAUUGCGGUAAUCAGUCUCGAGAAUGUUGAAAACUGAAUAAAAAGGGAAAACAAAAAGUGAAAAUAAUAAUAUAAUUAUUUACUGAUACUGAGAUAUAGGUGAGGGUGAAAGUGAAUAAAAAAUUUAAAUAAUUAAAAGGCACCCGCGGACGGGGUUCCGUUACCGUAGAUCGUACAUCCCCCGGGGAGGGUGAGCGAGGCGCAGGGAACGGAAAAAAAAAUUUUUUUAAAUUAAAAAAUUAAGAUAAUAUGCAAAUAAACGAACAAACUCGAUCCACUCUUCGGAUCAAAUUGUAGAAUUUUACGAGGGAAUUCAAGCGGUGCUGUAGACAGAUGAAUGAAUUGAUGACGAAGAAAAUGAAUUAAAUAAAAUAAACGAGAAGUGAACAUGUGAAAAUUGAAUGAAUUGUCGGAGAGCGAGCGAGAGAGAGAGAAAGAGAGAAAGAGAGUUCGGAGAAUUUUGUCCCUCGUAUCGUCGUAGAGAGUCGUGAAUCUCGUUGUUUUCUUUCGUUUCCUUCUCGACUCUUAGGCAAGUAAAAUACGAAAUCUUGUUCGAUAAUAGCUUCGGGGGAGGGGAGGGGAGGGGAAUAAAAAGUGAAAAAAAGAAACAUUUUAAGGACUCGAUCGAAUCUUUCAGACGCGUGAUACGUUGCUUGUGCGGAAAAAUGUAUGAGAAUCUCGACAAGAAUUCCAUUCGAUGUAUUCUCGUCACGUUUUUCCCACCAACAUUCAUCGAUGAGGUUGGUCCAUUUUUUCCUUUUUUUCCUUUCAACACGCACGGGGGACUUGUCGAAUCCGUAGUUUUCGCUUAUUACUUGCGUAUGUAUGAAAAAAUGGUGAAACGCCGCGGAAACCGUCCGUAACCUUAAAAAUAAAUAGCGGGACACGCGUUUUUGCUGGUUGUUUGGCGUAGGGGUUUCAAAAACACACACAAACACACGUAAAUAGUCGAGAUUAAGAAAUACAGGGAGAAUAACGUGCGUUCGAGCUUGAACAAAAUUAAAAAAAAUAAUAAUAAUAAUAAUAAAAAGAAAACGCAGAAAAAAAAACAAAAAAAAUUAUGACGACGACGAAAAGACGAACAAAACGAAGAUUCGAUCGGAGCCGUCGUUUAUAGAGGGCGGUUCAAAUUUUCUACACGAGAUAGGCGAAAAAGUUGCAUUAAAAAGUAAAAUAAAAAAGGAAAAAAACAGAAAAAAAAAGAAACGUAUCUUUGCCGGAUCGGAAAACGAGGGGGAUUGACGGGGAUUGCUGUACAUAUAUUCAAGUCAUUUUUGGCUUGUAUAUGGGGAGGAGAAACGAAUCUGAUUUGAGAGCGAAACUUCCGGUUGAAAGAAAAAAAUGUGAAAAAAAAACCAAAUAUACGGGGACAACGGCAUGCUCUAGCUCACUGUAGGCCUAAUUAAUGAAAAAACAAACAAACAAACAAACAAACAAACAAAUGGAGAGUAAGAAAAUGAAGAACUAAAGAGAAUGGGGAAUAUGAACAAAUGAGAAAGAAAGAAAACACUAUACAUAUGUAUUAUGUAAAACUUACACGAUUGACUUGUGCGAAAGGCGCGAAUGUGUCGAUGCAGCGAAUGAACGUGAGCGAGCGAAAGAGAGAGAGGGAGAGAGAGAGAGAGAGAGAGAGUGAGAGAAUUGUGCGAAUGACCGUAAAAAAACAAAAAAAAAACAAAUUACGACGACGUAUAUUUGCGAUGUGAAAAUAUGUACUCAAAUGAUAAAAAAAAAAAAAACCAAAAACCAAAAAAAAACAAA